AUGGAACAGAAGAAGAGGCACAGAGGAGUUCUCCGUAGCAUGUUUACGAAAAAUAUUACUGAGCUGGAGAAGCAUUUGGAUGUCGUGGCGACAGAUGACGUCAGUGUGUCGUGGGGGCUACUGCAAGAUAAGCUCGACAAAGUAAAGGUGGCUGAUUCUGAAAUUUAUAACUUGAUGCUCGAAAAAGACGCAACGGAGGAGGAGGAAUUAUUAACAGAAAUGGAGAGCGUCGAGGUUUACUUGGAGAAAUUCGCCAGAGCAAAUGGACGAUGCCAGAAAUUGAUGAAAGGUAACGAAUCUUCGCCAGAUCAACAAUCCGUUGUAUCAGAGGGGAACCCAACAGGUAUUCGUAGAUUUAGAUUACCAACUAUUGCGUUUAAGACCUUUAAUGGCGAUAUAAAAGACUGGUUACCGUUUUGGUCUCAAUUUCGAAAAGUUCAUGACGAUCCUAACAUAGAUUUGAACGACAAAGUAGAGUACUUGAUUCAGGCUACAGUGCCGAAUAGUAGAGCUAGAAAUUUAGUAGAAAGUUUUCCCGCUACCGGAGAGAACUACGAAAAAAUGAUCGAGUCCUUGACGUCAAGGUUUGGACGAAAAGAUUUGCAAGUCGAGGUGUAUGUGAGAGAAUUAUUGAAACUGGUUGUACACAACGCCAUCGACGAGAAAAAAAUGGAAUUAUCAAUGUUGUAUGAUCAAAUCGAAACGCAACUACGCGCACUGGAAAUGUUGGACAUAACUUCUGACAAGUGCGCUGCGAUGAUUUUCCCAUUGAUAGAGUCAUGCGUACCCCAAGAUUUAUUACGUGUGUGGCAGCGUUCGUCGCAUGAAGAAUCCACGACUCCCACCCAAGCGGUUACAGGGUUGGAGAAGAGGUUGGCGAGUCUAAUGAGUUUUUUGAAGAGUGAGGUGGAGAACGAUCAACGGACUAGAUUGGCGGCCGAAGGUUUUGGGUUGCGCCCCACGGCUCAGGAUAGGAUUUCUACAGCUGCGGGAUUGAUCAACCAUGGUGCAGAAAAGUGCGUUUUUUGUGGGAACACACAUGAAAGUGCCAACUGUUUCAAAGCACAAAAGCUGACGCUAGAAAAGAAGAAAGAGAUUCUUAGCGAAAAAAAGGCUUGUUUUAAGUGUUUAAGAAUUGGACAUCAAUCGCGACAAUGCAAAGCCCGUUUGAGAUGUCUAGUCUGUAGCCAAUCACACGUGAUAUUGAUGUGCCUUUUUUGCUACACUCUAGAUGGUGGGAGGGACCGCGUUGGUUGUACGGGGACCCAAAAUCAUGGCCCGAACAUGAGGGCAUGCAGUACGACGAACUUGAGAUAA